AGGGGGGAGGGAUUUUUUUAAGUUUUUGUUGUUGCUGGAGAGCCUCCGUAACGCCAAGGGUUUUCUUUGUAGACUAAGAGUAAGACCCUGUUUUUGGUUAUUUAAAUUGGCAAUAAAUGAGGGUAUUUUUACAUAAAUCAUGGGUGGCUCUGGAAUUGGGGGGCUCUUCAACAAUCGGACUCUGGAAGUCAAGGUAGGCGGAGAUCUUGAACAAUUUGUUUACUUCUAGAUUCAUGACCAAAGGGGGUAUUGAUAUUUUAUUGGUUUUGUGAGACCCAAGUAAAUGGUUCUUUUUUUCAAAAAAUUGGUUUGAUACGUGUGGAAUCCUUCUGUGUUGCGUGAGGGUUGUUGUUAAUGAAUGUAGGGGUGAAGCAAAAUUAGCGUUUCUGGGGGCUUACAUGAGGGAUUUUGAGGGUGUUUGUGAUGCUUGUGAUCCUAGAUCCUGAAUCAUUUCAAUCCGUUGAGUAUGUGUGAGGGCAUGGAGAGUAAGUGAGGAGAUUGAUUGUUUUGGGCGUGGUUGUGGGAAGACUGUAAGGCAAAUUUGUGGUCUUUUGUCCAGGAGCGGCAGAAUCAUUGUUGCGAGGAAGUUGGGGGGAGUUUAGAUGUUUUCUAGAUGAAUCGGCUAUAUUAGCUUCCUUGUAGUGCAUUUCGUAUGGCAAGUGGGUUAGAUUUGAAAGGCAGGAUGACAGACCUGUUAGGCACUUCUCUCUUCCAAAAUACAAGUAGGGAGAGGGAUCGAGAUGUACAAGAAACAACCAGAGCAGGUAUAGAGAGCGCUCAGCGAAUGUUAAGCAUUGUAUCACAGCAACAUCAGCGGCAUCAACAACAUCAGGUUGAACAAGAGUUCAGUUUGGCUGCUCAGGAGGCUUUGUCAAACUUCAAUAAGGUCGUGUCAAUUUUGAGCAGGACAGGCCAUGCUCGAGUCCGAAGGGGUCCUGUUCGAUCUCACUCUGUUGCGAGGUUGGGCACUGAAAACAUAUUUAUGGAUGGGUCGAAUUUCUUGCAGCUGGAUUCACCUAGUGCCCAUGCAUCUGCAUCAAUUUACUCCGCUUCUUCAUCUGAUUUCGCUCUUCCACAUGUCAAGCAGUGUCUACCAUAUCAAAGUUUGUCAUCGGCAGUUCUGCCUGCAGACACCAACAGGCAUCAGCAGAUGCAUUAUACACCGAUGCAGCUCCAACACAUAAAUCCACAAGCAGAAAUCUUUAGGAAUGCUUAUUUGAAAAUGGAAAACUCAAUCAGCUGCACACCCACACUUUCUUCGACAAAAUCAUUUAUUUCAUCAUUAAGCAUGGAUGGGAGUGUUGCCAAUGACAAACAAAUGGUGCAGUAUCAGUCAAUUCACUCUGCUCAAGAGCGAAUACCCGGUACCUCUUCAAAGAGAAAAUGUUCUGGAAAUGAAAGUGGUAAAUGUGGAAGUACUGGAAGGUGCCACUGCUCAAAACGGAGGAAGCUAAGAGUUAAGCGAACCAUCAGAGUCCCUGCUAUCAGUAGCAAACUAGCAGACAUUCCACCAGAUGAAUUUUCCUGGAGGAAAUAUGGUCAGAAACCAAUCAAGGGCUCUCCACAUCCCAGAGGAUAUUACAAGUGCAGUAGCAUGAGAGGUUGUCCUGCCAGGAAGCAUGUUGAGCGAUCUCUGGAAGAUUCUUCCAUGCUAAUCGUGACAUAUGAAGGAGAACAUAAUCAUUCACGGUUGCUAUCAGGAAAUUCAAAUCUGGUAGUUCACUCAUAGCUUUUUGUGCAGUAUCAUGCAAUUUUGACUGCACUGUCUAGCCAUCCGAGAAAUGAUCGGAAGGUAAAUCUGUAAGGUUGUCCACCAACUCCAUAUGCUUCCUUAGUUUUGUGGGAAAUACAAGGUGACUCUUUGGCGUGUGCUGACAUCUUGCACUUCUUUGAAGGAGCUUGCAAAAGAAACUUGUGUACGGUGGUCACAAUUUGGUCCAUACAUUUACCAUUACCCUUGCUUUAUGAAAUUUGAGAUCUAGUCGAGGUGUAAAACAUAGCAAUCAUAUGCCUCGUCAUCUGGAUGAGCUCUUAAGUUCAUGGCCUUAUCUGCCUCUAGCUUCUCUGUCUAUAUUCCUUUUGAAUGUGUCAAUCACAGCUGAGGAAGUCAAGAUCUGAAAGAAAUGGUUGUGUUCAAAGUGUUACAUGUCCAUUUGCCUCCACAAAUGUGGUUGUAAACUAAUGCAGAGCAACAAAGAAAAACUUUAAUUUUCCUUUUCUCAAAGAUGCUCGUUCCCCAAAUUAAUGUUAACAUUGAAUAUCAA